AUCUCAAAUAUUCACUUUGACUUGGUCUCUCUCUCUCUGCGUGAAUUGGUGGCACCAUUGCGGAGUGUUCGUGGUGUCCACGCUCUUCAACGGUCGGUCUUUCUCCUCCUCCCUUUUACUCAAGAAAAACGCAGUUGGGGUUUUUCCUUUGUCUCUCUCUCCUAAAACCCUUCAAAAAUUUUGGAGAAAAUUGAAGUGGGGUUCUGAAAAAAGAAGCCAAGAAUUGAAAGAAAAUGGUGGAGAAAAGGAAGUUACAGAAAAGGGUCUUUAUUGGUGAAGAUGAUGUAUCCUCUCUCUUACAAAGGUAUACAGCAAUGACUGUGUUGACGGUGUUGCAAGAGGUGUCACAAGUUCAAGAUGUGAAAAUUGACUGGAAUGAAUUGGUGAAGAAGACCACAACUGGGAUUACAAAUGCCAGAGAGUACCAGAUGCUGUGGCGCCAUUUGGCUUAUCACCAUGGUUUGCUUGACAAAUUUGAUGAUGAUUCUGCUCAACCUCUGGAUGAUGAUAGUGAUCUAGAAUAUGAAUUGGAAGCUUUUCCUCCCGUAAGCAGUGAGGCUUCAGCAGAGGCUACAACAUAUGUGAAGGUAUUAAUUGCUUCUGGGGUUCCAUGUGAUUCACAUAUGUCAAAUGGAAAUACUAUUGAAGCUCCAUUGACUAUAAGCAUACCCAAUGGGCAAACCUCUGGAACCGCUACAGAAAAUUCACUCCGUGGUAUUUCAGCUUAUGGGAUGAAAAUUACGGUCCCAGUUUCUGUGGAAAAACAACCACUUCCAUCUGUCACGGCUGCUGAGGUUGUGGACACUAAUGGGCCAGCUAAUUCCAACUUUCCUCCUCGGCGAAGACGAAAGCCUUGGUCUGCAGCAGAAGAUAUGGAACUCAUUGCUGCAGUACAAAAGUGUGGUGAAGGAAAUUGGGCAAAUAUAUUGAAAGGGGAUUUUAAGGGAGAUAGAACAGCGUCACAACUCUCUCAGAGAUGGGCAAUUAUUAGAAAGCGACAUGGGAACAUGGUGGGGAAUGGCUCACAGCUGUCGGAGGCUCAGCUUGCAGCUCGUCAUGCGAUGUCCCUGGCUCUCGGUGAUAACUUGAGAGCAGCUUGUCCAAUCAGCACUAAUGUGGGGCCCAAUUCAGGCAGUGCACCAAGUAAUUCUUCGCAUUUUCCUGCUGCCAAUAAUGCAUCUGGUGGUCCAAAAUCCGAGCAUCAGCAAGAUUUAGUACCUUCAAAACCUCGAGUAAUCCCAAAAAAUCCAUUGCCAAAACCUGCUAUUAACCCAGAUUCAUUGGUCAAAACUGCUGCUAUGGCUGCAGGCUCCCGAAUUCCUACCCCUUCAGGUGCUGCUGCCUCACUGCAGAAGGCUGCAGAGUCUAAAAAAGUCGUACAAAUCAUGCCCGGAGGAACUCCAGCAGUCAAAUCAUCUGUGCCAGGUAGCACUAAUGGUUUGCCCAGUAAUGUGCACUUCAUUCGAAAUGGCCUGGUUUCUCGUCCCCCAGGUUGCGGUCCGUCAAAUGCUUCACAAUCUGCAGUUCGACCUAACCUAGGGGCUGUUCCAUCCAAAACAAAUGUGUCAUCUGGGGUUCCCGCUGCCCCUACAUCUUCUUCAGCAAGGGUACUUGAAGCAAAAACUAAAGCAGUCGCUAUCCAAGAAAAUCCAACUGCUAUUCUGUCUAAUGCACGGAUAGAGAAAGUUGAAGUUGAUCGAGCUGCUUCAAUGGAUGCACAACAGGUCCGAAAAGGUCAAACUUUUGGUUCAAUCAACUUGUUGACAGAGAAAAUUGAAGGUCAAACUUCAAUUUUAGGUCACACAGUGAAAGAGCACGGAGGAGAGAGUAAAGCUUCAAGAGUUCGGGCUCAAGAAAAGCUAAUCCCAAGUCUAGAGACUGCCAGCAAUAGUAGCAUCAGGAACCAGGGUGAGAAUAGCAAUAAGAAUGAGAACACUAAAAUAGUUUUGGCACUUGAAAGUAGUGGUGUUCAAGGUCCUGCGCCCGAGACAUGUAAUAAAGUCUUCAAAGAGAGUUGAGGUAGGGGAUUUAGGUGAGGCACUAAGGAUGGGGGAGAGUAAAUUGGAGUGACUGGCCGGAUGUGCUCUGUAUGUAAUGUCUAAUUCGCACCUGCUGUUUUGUGCUUCAGCUUUCAUCUAUGUAAAUGUAUUCUCCUAUGGUCUUGUCUAUAUUUAGGUGACAAUUCAAGAUUCUUUUAUAUGUUCCCUUGUUGAGGGUUGAUUA